CGUAACUCCUCGAGAUGCGCCAACGUCAAUUUAAUCAUCUUUUGGGUGACAACUUCGUCCGAGUCUAGUGCGUUGCUUUAUGAGAGAUAAUCACCUCCUAGUCGCCCCAGAACACAAGUCUCUCACCCCCAACAUCACAACUCUAACAUCAUGUCCAUCAGCAGAUGCGCUAUCCAAAAUCCUCCUCACAAAUGGCGCCCCAAUAAUACCCAAGCCAACAACGACAAAGUCAGCAUGCGUCGGAAACGUGAGUGGCGAUGGGUGAGGGUGGGUAAGACCAAAAUAAGUGAGUGGGGUUUGGGAGUAAGAACCCUGGAGAGUGCUGGAUGCGCGCUUGGAGGGUUUGGAAGGUGUGGAAGUUGUUGAAAAAUUCAGUUAAUGCUAAGUGGGCGAGGGAGUGUGUUGCCCGUCGCCGGAAGGAGGGAACCGAUGCAGUUGUGGCGCGCUUGCAGUUUGUCGUGUUCUAUGAUUUCUUUACAAGUUCGGUGCCCUCCAUAGCUCGAUAAGUUCAUGAGAUUUAUUCAUCUUAUAUGCUGCGGAC